AUGCGUUCCAUAACAGCUCAAUUAGUGUUCGGCUGCGUGGUCACCCUGCUGGCACUGGCCCAGGCACGUCCUCAGUACGGCUACGAGCAGCCUGGUGAACUGCUGGUGGGUGGCGUUGGCCUGCUGGGCCCUGGCGGGCCGGUGGUGGGUCAGCGGCCGCAGGUGCAUCGGGGCGGCGACAAGUAUCUGCCACCGGCUGCCACAACACCAGCGCCCAUCAUCAACAAGAAAUUCUAUUUGAUAUCGGCGCCUGAGGAGCGCGGCAACGAUGGCAAAGUGAAGCAUUUGGUGCUUGGCAGGCCGCAGAAGAACUAUCGUGUGGUGUUCAUCAAGGCGCCAGGCGGCGACAACGGCAAUGUUAAGUAUACAGCCGAGUUCGCACCUCAGGAGGAGAAGACUGUCAUCUACGUGCUGAGCAAGAAGGACAACGAUUUGAAUGCCGGCGAUAUUGCUACACCAGCACCGACACAGCCCAGCAAGCCGGAGGUGUUCUUCAUCAAAUAUAAGACCGACGAAGAGGCCAACCAGGCCCAGAAGGAGAUCCAAGGGCAGUACGACAAGCUGGGCGGCACCAACGAGUUCCAGGAGGAUAACAAUGCGCCCAUCACCUCCGUCAUUGGCAGUCUCGAAGGCCUCAAUCCCGAUGGCAGCUACAACUACCGCCAGAUCAACCCCACCAGUCAACCCACUGCCCAGUAUCUGCCCAGCGCCCUGAACCUAUAA